UAUUCUUAUCUUUCGUUACCUAUAUCUAAUGAACUACAUUUAGACAAAAUGUUGAAGUAUUUCUUCAUUCUAACGUCUUGUUGUAUAAUUCCUGUACUAAUCGUGAAUGCUAUACCACAAACUUCGGGAUGUUUUAAGGAUGGAAAAUAUUACCAAGACGGAUCCAAUUUUCAACCCAGACCAUGUGAACAUUGUAGCUGUAACCAAGGAAACGUUAGUUGUACCGUAGCUGAGUGUUUGGUGACACUUUGUGUUGAUCCAAUUAAUGACCCGAACAUGUGCUGUCCUGUGUGUCCGAACGGACGUAAUUGUUUGGCGCGAGAUAGAAUCAUACCAGCUGGUAGGAAGGUUUACCUGAAUGAGCAUACAAUAUGUCAGUGUCCAGACAGAAUAUCGCUCGACAUGACAGUGUUGGUGGCAACUUGUUAUCAAACAGUUGACAGUCUUCCUAUUCACAAGGUUGUUGGGAAAUAAAAAUAAAAACUUAA